AUGAGCAGGAGCCGAGCAUCUGCACAGAAAUCGGCGCUCUUUAAAACAGGAGAUUCUUUUUCCAUAUAUUUUUGUUUACGCAACACAACUGAGGUACGCCUACGGAGUGUGAGGUAUUCGAACGAUGGAGGAGGAGACUCUGUGGUAUUUAGUGUAGAUGGGAAACAACUAGGCCAUUUAAAGACAAAAUUUGAUAGAAAUGGUGGUCACGGAUGGAACAAUUUUAUUUAUACUGAACAAAUUGGCCCAGCUAUGACUCUAUCUUCUGGUAAACAUGUUUUAUCCGUUAAUAUCAUUUACACUGAUUAUUACGGAAUUGAAUUAGACGAACUUACCAUCAAAACGACGGACAACUAUUUAAUAGAAGAAUCAUUUAAAUGUUCAUUUUACAUUGACAGUAAUAUCGUGUAUUCAAAUGGAAAGAAUCGUCACGAUAUACCACCUGCAGUGCUGAAAAGAAGAACAUUGCGAUCAUCAUGCCAGAGUAGUAACAAAAAUUUAUUCCUACCAAUCUACCAUAAAAAAGUGCGCAUGUUUGUCGUCACUGCAAUGAACCCUAAGUACAAAUCUUUUGAAAAUAAUUUUCACGAUGAAGACAUACUUUGCAAUGAAGGCAAUAUAACUGUAUGGGAACUAUUAGAUAUCAAACUCAAAUCACAAAAUAACACGUUGACCACAGAUAUGUACUCUGGUGUUGGUAUUAAACACGGCCGAUCAAGUACAUCGAGGUCUCUUUUCAUUAAUCUAUCAUUUAACAAUAUAAAGGAGUAUGAUGUUAAUUACAGACUUGUUCUCAAAUUUUUAGAAGUGGUGGACAUAUUUCUUGUAUCAGGUUCCUAUAAUGCUAAAGGAGUAUGGAUGGCACUGAACAGUACAUACUUUAGUCGACAAAAAACUAAGCAUGAAUGGAUAAUACCAAAACAGAGUUGGUCGGUUCAGAAUGAAAUUCUGUUUUAUAUUUUUACUUAUCCUUCUGAAAUAAAAUCUAUAACAAUCGAAUUUAUAAAGUUAGAAUAUCAAGCGAUAAAUACAAAGCACCGCGAGGUUCUAUAUAUAGAUCCUGCAUUGAAAAUUGAAGUUUUCACGGACGUAUUUGAAAGGACGGAUAUAAAACAAAAAACAAUGACAGUCAGGAAUGUAGAUACUAGUCAGGAAUUUCUAAAUGUUUCGGAAAUAGUAAUAUCACAUAUAUCUCCAUGGACCAACAUCUAUAGCCCAAUUGUCAAACUAUCUAGGCAAGGAGAAAUGCAUAUUUUGCCGAUUCCACCACACCGUCUAACUGAAAUUCCAUACGGUUCAUCAAUAAUAAUUGGUCAAAAUGAUCCAAGUCAAAACUUUCCAAUGGCUUCAAUAUCAAAGAUAGACAUUGCACCCCAGGCAAAAAAGUUAUUCGUCACAUUUAAAGAUAAUGGUUCAUGUUCUAUUGUAAUAAAGUCUAUAUGGCAACAAACUGAAGUUAUUUUUAAAGACAUUAUAACUACAAGGAAUCCUUUUAAAUAUCCGUUUGCCACUAUUGUGACCACGUGGAAAUAUGAUGGAAACGCGGACGUAGAUCACGUGAGCACUAAUGGGGAUACAGUUCAUCAUAUUGUUAGAGGAUGGAGCGAGCUUUACGGUACCAGCUUUACAUUUUUCAGACAGUGUUUGUCAAUGCAUAAUACACAAAGUCCAGAUUUACGUCUGCAACUUAUUAACGAAAAAGAUUUACAAUAUUAUUUUAUUCGUGCUUGUAGCUUAAACACCCAUAGGUGCUCUUUUGUUUAAAAUUUUGAAAUAUUCACAGAAACCUAUAUUGAUUUUUGGCAGAAUAGACAGUGAAUGAAAAUAUGGGGAAUGAUUUUGGAGUGAGGUGGCGUUGAUUUGGACGGAAGAGUGAUAUGCAACUGGAGAAAUACUUAACAUAGU